AUGAAGAUUGUAUACACCAAGCGAACACCUUUGGAAGAAGGAUCGCUGCCGUUCGACACUGUGUACUAUCCAACUAUUGAGGAAGCACUUCCAGUUGCAGAUCUGAUAGUACUUGCUGUGCCGCAUACUGAGCAUACUGUGAACAUAAUCAACAGAGAUUCGAUUAAGCUGGUAAAGCGUGGUGUUAGAAUCGUCAACAUUGGAAGAGGAAGUGCCAUUGAUGAGGAUGUCUUGUUCGAAGCGUUGGACAACGGUACAGUCAACUCUGUGGGACUUGACGUGUUCCAGCACGAGCCACACAUAGACAAGAGGUAUCUCAAUAGGCACGAUGUUACGAUCUCACCACAUCUUGGGCCAUUCACAAAAGAUAACCAUAUAUACAUUGCAAAGAGGCAAAUGGAGAAUAUCAUUAACGUGCUGAUAGAGAAUGGAGAUGGUAUUAAUCCUGUCUGACACGCCAGCACCAUCCUCCAUAACUGUACACCGUUGCUCUGUCGAGUGUGCCAUCUUUGUUGAAUAUUCACAGUGCUCUCGUUUCCCAGCGCAAUGAUAAUCGUGGU